AUGGCAUCCUUCACUCUUGUCGUCGUCCUCAUGGCAAUCUACACCCUCCUGCCACGCCUGACGCUCGCGGCCGAAAACAACAUCAUCACUUUCAUGUCGCUGGACUCGACGGACCGCACCGUCAUGUUCACCAGCUCUGCCGGCAAGGAACAGCUACCGACUAUCUCGGUGCCGGCGGGCCAGACGGUCGACGUGGUGAUCCCUUACGGCUGGAUCGGCAACUACUUUGCGGUUAGCAAGGGCGUGGACCACGUGCCCGGGUCGGGUGUGAUUGGCGAGGUGGCCUUCAACGCGUUCGAGGACAAGACGUACUUUGACGUCUCGGCCAUUGACGACCCCAGCGACGGGAAUGGGCUCCGCAUGUUGUGGCCUGCCAGCGAGCACAGGAAGACGUCGGGUUGCUGGGGGGACUAUCCCUGUGACAAUGCUUAUAGGGAGCCUGAUGAUCGGCAGACGAAGGUCACGGAGGACAAGCACCUGAUUGCCUUGCUGGGGAGGUGGCCUGCGGCGGAGGAUGAAGAAGAAGAAGGGGAUGAUGUAGAAGAGCGUGGUGGCAGAGGGGGUAGUGGUAGAGAAGCUGUUGACGAUGGAGAUGGUGUUGGCCUGGGCGCAAGAAUGUGCUGA